GAAGCAGGAAUUAGAUAUGUCUACUUACUUGGGUCAAGUACAGGCAGUCAUGGAAGAAUUUGAGAAGUUGAUGCCAGUUUCUGCUAGUGUUGAAAAACAACAAGAGCAACGGCAAAAGAUGUUUCUAGUUCUUACCCUCGCUGGACUUCUUAAUGAUCUUGAUUCAGUACGCGACCAGAUUUUGGCUAGUCCGACUGUCCCCACGGUUGAUGAAGUAUUCUCUCGAUUACUCCGCCUUGCUGCAGCACCAAGUCACCCAGUGAUCUCAUCACAUAUACUUGAUUCCUCUGUUCUCGCAUCCCAAAUAGUGGAUGUUCGGGCGUCUCGAACUAUGGAGAAUAGACGAGGAGGAGGUCGUUUUGGAAGAUCUAGACCCAAGUGUUCUUAUUGUCACAAACUUGGACACACUCGUGAAAUGUGCUAUUCCUUACAUGGCCGUCCACCCCAAAAUGCUUACAUUGCUCAGACCGAGACUACAUGUAACCCGGGAUUUUCUUUAUCUAAAGAAGAAUAUAAUGAGCUCCUUCAGUAUCGUGCAAGUAAGCAGACAUCUCCACAAGUAGCCUCGGUUGCUCAGACUGAUACUUCUGUUGCUGGUAAUUCUUUUGCUUGUGUUUCCCAGUCUAGUACUGUUGGACCAUGGAUCAUGGACUCAGGCUGUUCUGAUCACAUCUCUGGACCGUAGUACGGGACAGACAUUUGGUACAGGACGUGAAUCAGAAUGCAUUUACUACCUUAACUCACUCAGUCCUUCCACAACAUGUCUAAUUACAGAUCCUCCAGACCUAAUCCACAGGCGUUUAGGACAUCCGAGUUUAUCCAAACUUCAUAAGAUGGUACCUAGUUUAUCUAGUUUGUCUACAUUAGAUUGUGAGUCGUGUCAGCUUGGGAAACAUACCCAGUCCCCUUUCCGCGUAGUGUUGAGAGUCCUGCAGAGUCUGUUUUCUUCUUAGUUCAUUCUGAUAUAUGGGGUCCUAGUAGAGUUAGUUCAACUUUGGGAUUUUGUUAUUUUGUUAGUUAUAUUGAU